CAGGAUAGAGGCAGCAGGCCGGCUCCCAGAGGACAGAGCGCUUGCACAGCUGAAGAUAAUUCCUGACGUCUGUCCCUCCUGCCCUCUGCAGGGCCCUGUCGGACUGGGACCCAGUUCAUCCACCCCCACCCCAAAUCCCCGCACAGCAAACACCUCUCUCCUCCUGCUGAGCCUCACCUUUCUCCUCAUUUUCAAGCCCCCUUUUCCCUGCCCCCCAGCAGUAGGCCAGACCCCUUAAGAUCCCAGCCAGUCCUGCAGGCCACGUUGCCAUGUGCCCCCCAGUCAGCACGCGGCACGGGGCGGAGGGCAUGUCCUACCUCCACGCAGCCUGGGUGUAUCAGCUUCAACAUGGCCAACUAAGGGUCUGCUUCGCUUGCUUCAAGGCUGCCUUUCUGAACCUUAGACAGUGGCUGGAGUGGGAAGACUGGGAAGAUGAAGAUUGGGACCCUGAGCCGAUGGACCCCACCGAGGCAGAGGCAGGGUCUGAGCAGGGGGCAUCCCCGGGGAUGUGGCCAAGCUGGGGGCAGGGCCAAGGGCAGCCUGCAGGGGCUGGGCCUGUGGACUGGGGGUUGGGCACCCUGGCAUCAGGCCCUGUGGAGUCGGAAGAGGUGGGCCUGAGUGAUCCCUUUGUGACCACCGAGCUGGAGCCUCAGGGGGCCACACCGCUGGGUCUGGGUGCUGAGGAUGCUGACUGGACCCAAGGCCUCCCCUGGAGAUUUGAGGUACCCCCUACCUGCUCACACUGGCCAAGCCCCCCUACUCCAUGGGAGGGGUUUUUCAAAGUGGACGUGCCCCCGGGGUGGCCCAUGGUAUUGGAGCUGGGCACCACGCGGGCCAUGGAUCCUGCUGAGGCCCAGGCCUCGUUACUGGACCUGCAGGUCCUCUCCCUGGUGGGCUGUUAUGAUGCCGUCUACCUCCGGAAGAUGAAGCCAGAAUGGGCCCUGCGGACCCCAGAGCAGCGUUGGCAAGUGCUGCUGGAGCCUGAGGAGCUGUGGGUGGUGAGACUCCAAGAUGCACCCCCGAAGCAGGAGCUGCACCAGUGGCAUCUAAGCAUUCUGGAAUCCCGUCCUCCAGGGCAGGAUGAAGAGCUGGUCCGUGCAGAGUCAGCCCUGCUUAAGAGGGGAUUCACCAUCUUCUCGUUUUCACCGUGGAUCAAGAGGGAGGCAGUGGAGGGGGACUCAGCCUCUAGGCCAGAGUCCUCCACCCAAGGAUGCGAUCCCAGCACCAGUGGGCCCAGCGGGCCUGGGGAGAGCCUGGCUUUCACGGGAGCCUCAGCCCUGGGGGAGCUGCCACGUUUCCCCCCCUUCAGUCCAGGGCCCCAGAACUGA